ACACACACAGAUAACGUGUUCUGUUUUCCGCUGCUCUUUCUUUGUUACUGUAUGUUCUGCUACAGAAACGCGAUCGACAGCACGCCGGUAUUGACCUGUAGCCUACACGCUCACCCCAGCCGGGCUUCAUAACUACAAACCAACCGCUAUGAGGAUCAUCAGUCUCGUGUUCUUGUGUUCUGUGUUCCUGCAGAAUGGAGCCUCCUCGGGCCAGGGCCUCCAGGAGAAGAUCCUCGGGGGAUACCCGUGCCGGCGCCUCACGCAGCCCUGGCAGGCUUCACUCAACCUGGGAUACCACGCCUGCGGAGGGGCGCUCCUCAACAGCCACUGGGUCAUCUCGGUCGCCCACUGCUGGUUCAACCCGAGUCGAAUCCUGGUGGUGCUGGGCGAGUUCGACCUGUCGGAACACGAAGGCACGGAGCAGCCGCGCCGCGUCAGCACCGCGCUCUGGCACCCGCUCUACGACCUCCGGACCCGGAGCCAUGACGUCAUGCUGCUGAGGCUGGCCGAGCCCGUCCUCUUCACCCCGUACGUGCGACCCGUCCCGCUGCCCGUCAACUGCCCCGCCACCGGGACCUACUGCACCGUGUCGGGCUGGGGCAACACCGUGGGGGACGGGUUCGUUAUGCCCAACAAGCUGCGCUGUGCCGAGGCUGUCAUCGUUAGCGAGCCGGACUGUGAGGCCGCUUACCCGGGGAUGACACCCGGGACCGUGCUGUGCACCGGGUACUCAAAUAUGGGCACUUCGGGCCCGUGCCAGGGUGAUUUCGGGGGCGCGCUCGUGUGCGAUGGAGUGAUUCACGGGAUCGCGUCCUGGAGCGAGGUGUGCGCGCACUCGGAGGGAGCGCGCCCCGCCGUGUACACGAAACUGUGCGCGCUCCUGCCCUGGAUACAAAGCACGCUGACCGCUGACUGAUACCCGAGCGAGUCCGGCAACGCGGGGAGGAGGCGCGUAACCCAUUCACUAGAAGUCUUUCUCAGCGUCUUCAAUCCCAGAUUGUGAUUCUGCGCUUAGGAACAGGCUAGAUUUGGGCUUUUCUGUUCAAAUAAUCAAAGUGCAAAGAAUAAAAAAAAAUAUUACUUUCAAAUUGUGUUCUUGCUUGUUAGGUGUUUUUAAUUAUUAUUGAUUGAUAAUAUAUUUAUAAUAUAUAGCACUAGACCCUGAUAUUGAUGCGAUCCAGCCCUCUGAAAUGUCUUUAUAAUAUAUAGCACUAGACCCUGAUAUUGAUGCGAUCCAGCCCUCUGAAAUGUCUUUAUAAUAUACAGCGCUAGACCCUGAUAUUGAUGCGAUCCAGCCCUCUGAAAUGUCUUUAUAAUAUAUAGCACUAGACCCUGAUAUUAAUGCGAUCCAGCCCUCUGAAAUGUCUUUAUAAUAUAUAGCACUAGACCCUGAUAUUGAUGCGAUCCAGCCCUCUGAAAUGUCUUUAUAAUAUAUAGCACUAGACCCUGAUAUUGAUGCGAUCCAGCCCUCUGAAAUGUCUUUAUAAUAUAUAGCACUAGACCCUGAUAUUGAUGCGAUCCAGCCCUCUGAAAUGUCUUUAUAAUAUAUAGCACUAGACCCUGAUAUUGAUGCGAUCCAGCCCUCUGAAAUGUCUUUAUAAUAUAUAGCACUAGACCCUGAUAUUGAUGAGAUCCAGCCCUUUGAAAUGUAUUUAUAAUAUACAGCACUAGACCCUGAUAUUGAUGCGAUCCAGCCCUCUGAAAUGUCUUUAUAAUAUAUAGCACUAGACCCUGAUAUUAAUGCGAUCCAGCCCUCUGAAAUGUCUUUAUAAUAUAUAGCACUGUGACUAGACCCUGAUAUUGAUGCGAUCCAGCCCUCUGAAAUGUCUUUAUAAUAUACAGCACUAGACCCUGAUAUUGAUGCGAUCCAGCCCUCUGAAAUGUCUUUAUAAUAUACAGCACUAGACCCUGAUAUUGAUGCGAAAUGUACAAUACUUCUCAUUGUACUAUAAUUGAAAUUUGAUUUCAGAGUUACUUGUUACUUCAAAUAAAAACAGACAGUUUGCAUUUGUUUUGCUGGUCCCUUGAAACUCGUAUUCACGAGAAUUGACUGUGUGUAAUAAAAAAUUUAAAAAUACAAUUGAGUGGACAAACACAUGAUGAUUCUUUUAUUAUUAUUAGUACAUAAUAACUUUUUUUUUUCUUCUUUACAUUUUGAACAUAA